AGGCAGCAGAAAAGCUCUUGUGCUUGCAGGAGCCCCCUCAGUGCAGAACUGAGCUGGGCGCCGAGCUGCAGCGCACCCUCAGGCCCCGGGAUGCAGGCCCUCAUGCUACUGCUCUGGACUGGAGCCCUCCUCGGGAGCGGCAGCUGCCAGAACAACGCUGGCAGCCCGGAGGGCUCCCCAGCCCCCGAAACCACGGGGGUGUCAGUGGAGGAGGAGGAUCCCUUCUUCAAGGUCCCUGUGAACAAGCUGGCAGCGGCUGUCUCCAACUUUGGCUAUGACCUGUACCGCGUGAAAUCCAGCAUGAGCCCCACUGCCAAUGUGCUCCUGUCUCCACUCAGCGUGGCCACUGCACUCUCCGCCCUCUCACUGGGAGCUGAACAGCGGACAGAAUCCAGCAUUCACCGGGCUCUCUACUACGACCUGAUUACCAACCCAGACAUCCAUGGCACCUAUAAGGAACUCCUUGCCUCCAUCACUGCCCCCCAGAAAAACCUCAAGAGUGCUUCCCGGAUCGUCUUUGAGAGGAAGCUGCGGAUAAAAUCCAGCUUUGUUGCACCACUGGAAAAGUCCUAUGGGACCAGGCCCAGAGUCUUGACCGGCAACUCCCGCUCUGACCUUCAGGAGAUCAACAACUGGGUGCAGGCCCAGAUGAAAGGGAAGAUCGCUAGGUCCUCAAGGGAAAUGCCCAGUGAAAUUAGCAUUCUCCUUCUGGGUGUGGCCUACUUCAAGGGGCAGUGGGUAACAAAGUUUGACCCCAGAAAGACUUCCCUCCAGGAUUUCCAUUUGGAUGAAGAGAAGACUGUGAAAGUGCCCAUGAUGUCGGACCCUAAGGCUGUCUUACGCUACGGCUUGGAUUCUGAUCUGAGCUGCAAGAUUGCCCAGCUGCCCUUGACUGGAAGCAUGAGUAUCAUCUUCUUCCUGCCUCUGAAAGUGACCCAGAACUUGACCAUGAUAGAAGAGAGCCUCACCUCUGAGUUCAUUCAUGACAUAGACCGAGAACUGAAGACUGUCCAAGCGGUCCUGACCAUCCCCAAGCUGAAGCUGAGUUAUGAAGGCGAAGUCACUAAGUCCCUGCAGGAGAUGAAGCUGCAAUCCUUGUUCGAUUCACCAGACUUUAGCAAGAUCACGGGCAAAUCUAUCAAACUUACUCAAGUGGAACAUCGAGCUGGCUUCGAGUGGAAUGAGGACGGAGCAGGCGCCACCCCCAGCCCAGGGCUCCAGCCUGCCCGCCUCACCUUCCCCCUGGACUACCACCUUAACCAGCCUUUCAUCUUUGUACUGAGGGACACGGACACAGGGGCCCUUCUCUUCAUAGGCAAAAUUCUGGACCCCAGGGGCACUUAAUGCUCCAGUUUGAUGUUUAAAAACCCUAGAGGGAUGGCAGAUUAUACAUUACAUGAAGGCUGUCCCUAUAAUGUUUCAAUGUAUACUUUGCAAUAAAAGUGCUUUAUCCUUAACUUUUGUUACCCUAUCCCCCCUCCUAUUUUGAGCUAUAUUAAGUUUAAUAUGAAAAUAAAUAGCUCUUUAGGAAUUUUGUGGUCCUGCAUUUCUAGCCUGGGUCUAUCUAAACUCUGCAGAAAGUCACCAUUUAUAAGAACUUUUAGUUAUCUGCAUUGUAUAAGGCAGAGACUGAUCCUCUGCUCUGGAUGUUUACAUACUAGGACCACUAAUGCCCCCAGGAGGGCAUUUCCUGGCUCCAUAAUCUUAAAUAAACUGACUCUAGUUUUCUUUUUUAAUCCUUA